AUUUCGUAUAGAGACCCGCGAAGGAGCAAACCGGAAUAGCUGUCGGCGAACCCAAACCGGGCAGUUUAAUGGAAUAACCAAGAGAUAAUGAUGAUGACAUGUAAUGGAUGAUAGCGGGGCGAGCGAGAAAAGAAGCUUCAACAGCCAGAGCCGUUUAUCGUUCGCAUUAUGCUCCUAACUGCAGGUGUUUAACGAGUCGACAAAAGCCGGACCAUUGCUCGCGCGGCCCUGCCGAUCGCGCGUGCAUACACUUCACACACACACGCGCUCGCUCGCGUGCAUUCAUGAAUGGGCCCGCGCCCGUGGCAAAGGGUUGCUCCGUUCGGGCCGGCCGCGUUUCCUUUUUUUUUUUUUUUUUUUUUAACCUUUUCGCCCCGGUGCGCCGCCUCCUCGUGAGCGACCGACCGACCGUCGACCCACGCGCCUUCGCCGCCGCCAACGCUUUUACUUUCCGUCCGGCCGACCGGCCUUCUCGGCAACCGGUCCUGCCCUGUGCCGCCCGUCGGUGGUCCUGCUCGCUUAUAUUUCUCGGGAAUCAUUGGGUGCUCGCGCGCGCGCCCGCGGCAGCAAGCUAGCGCUCGGUGGUGUCGCGUACCACCAUAUACACGCAAGCGCGCCGUCGCACCUCCAUGCACCUUCUAUUUUUUCUGUUUCGCUUUCUCCCGUAUCACCAGCGCCGCUAACGGAAACGCGUUCGUUUUGCCGCGUGCUCGCUUACCUCUCUCUUCUUAUUGGCUUCUUUCUCAUUCGUGAUCGGAGGUUGGCCCCAUCUUUUCGUUCGCCCCCCUCCCCCUCCUCGCUGGCCGAGGAUCGCAACAGCGUGGGCGACGGUCCCUCGCGCGCGGGGGAAGCCGCGCCGCCGUCCUCGCGGUGUCUUUCGAAGUAGUGCGCGCGUGUGUGCGUCUUGCGAAGGCCUCUCUCCGUCGGAAUGGAUGGGACACCGGCGCGGACUGGUCGGCUUGUGCGCGGGCCUCGGCUCCUCGCUUCGUUCGUGCGUGUGUCACGCGUAGUUCGCUCCCGUCGUGCGAGUGAAUGAAUUUGCGCCAGCUUCGGGCGAGUCGCCGCCCGCCGCCUUCCGAUAUUUCUUGUCGUCGGUUCUGAUCCGAGACUGUUGGGGAGUCAAGCUGCGCGACCGAGCGACGUGUCGUGCGUGUUUGUGUGUUGUGCGCGAGUGGACGGAGUUGAGCGGUCGUCGUCUUCGUCAUCUUCCGUGGAAGUGUGUCGUGGGAGAGCUUCUUGGUGCUCCGGUUGUUUAGUUUUUUUUUCCUGUGCACGCGUUUUUUUUUUUAUUUGUGUGCGUGUGUGCGAGUCGGUGUGCGCGGGUUGGCGCGGCAAGAGGUGGUGGUGUGUGUGGGUGUCCGUGCGCGCGGAUGACGUUGCUUCUGUACUCCCAAAAAGCAGCGCACAUUUUGUUUUGUCUCUCGCCUCUCUCUCAUAUUUUUGUUUUUGCGUCGGAGAGAGGUUUCUAUCUGGUUUCCGGAGUUUUCUUCGGCGAGCGAUAUAGCUGCUCUACCUGGAAUACUACGCGACGAAGUCGCCGUGCCGUAGACGAAAUCGUUGUGCGCGGUUACGUGUGACGUCCGAUCGACGUUUCUCGCGACGGGACCCGCCAAAAGUUUGAACGCCGUCGACGUUGUGCCGCGCAAGUAAGUUUUCGCUCACUCCUUCCCGCAUCCACCGGAACAAGCGCGUAUACACCCGGCGAACCGGUGGGAACAUCAACACCCGCUGGAUGCCGACCUACCGACGCGACAGAACAGGAGCCGUUUGCGCGAACGUCGAUUGACGUCCUCUCGCUCAAAAAAAAUAUACUCGCGCCGGAGAGAAGAAGGCGCGCCCAGCUGCAUUGGCUCCGCGGAGAGUCGUCUCUUUGCAAGACAACGGUUCUGCAUCUCCCCGGGACGACGGCCACGCGCGAAACCUAGCUGGGUGUCUACGGGCUUAUGUACCGCUCACUUUUCUUCGUUCACUGAACAAAGAUAAACGUUCUACGGGAGGCCUUGUCUCCCUCUCGUUCGGCGCCCCCACGGCACAGUGUUUGGAUUGAGAAUUCCGUUGCGCGUUCGAACGGGUCGUGAGAUAAGCGUCGCUGUUUGCUCGGUGGCCGUCGCGGACGACGAACGACACUCUGGCCGCCGUGAUUGUGUGUGUGUGUACACCGCUGCGGCAGAGUCUUGGCUUCCGACAGCGGAUGGCCAGCGGUCGCUUCGAGACGUCGCGACGCUUUGUCAGAAGAACGGUUCACCGCGGCGGCGGAGAAGCUCGCUUUUCUACGAGAAGUCGUUCUACGGUUCGCGGUUUGGAGAGGCUGCAAGGCGCAACGGCACCGUCGUACCACGACGCGACGCCAGCUCUUUUAGGCGUCGUUGACCUUUAACGAGGUGCAGCGUCGGUAUAGGUAUAAGCUGAACAUUCCGCAAUAUUAGCCGAGCGGUGACAUGCACCUUGCUGUGUCCGGAAGAACUGCGUUGUGAUUGGAGUCGACCAAAAAAAAAAAAAGAAAAACAAGUCGUCGCUUCAAGAGGUGCCAGGAUUGCAACGUGCCUGUGCUCGUAGUUUACUGUCUUCUGAUACACUGUUUGUGGUACAUACGCUGUUGAAGGACCUGUAUAUGUAUGUUGUCGCAACGCAACAUGCUUUUCGAAGACGGCUCGAAGAAUUCGCUCGUCGGUGGGACUCGACGCGUCGGAAGACAACGGCGUGUUUUCGAGAGAUUCGAUUUUUGCAGAAAUCCGAGCGGUUUCGAAAGGAUACACGCUUGCUCAAGUGAGUGCGCUCGUAAAACCUGCCUCGCGAUGUUGCGGUGUAUAUACUCGACCCCCGAAUACGCUGAUCAGUUUUCGUAAAAGAAAUCUUGUUAAAAAAUAUAGGGAGUGGAAGCGAAAGUUGCCACGAAAAACUGUCGCCGAGAAAUCGCGCUCCGUUUCGGUGAGAGUCCUCGAUUUCCCCGAAGACCCGCCGAAGUGACCGGAAGAACUGAAACGCGUUAUAUACCGUGCACGAGCAUUGGGUUGGAAAGACUAUACAGCACGCGUCUGAGGACGCGGCUUCGCGCGUGCCGAGCAACUUGGAACUGAGUGUUCGCGAAAGCCGCGUGAAGACUGGAAAGGAAGAAGCCCCCGGGAUAUAUACGGCCGAGGCACCGAAGAAGACCGCGACGCCCUAAUACCUGUCAACGCGAGAGAUCCCUUCGGAGGAGCUGGAGCCUGUGCUUGGUGGAUGCGGCCCAGUUUCAAGCGUGGACUGCCACUGACCGGACAGCGCGCACCGUGAGGUUCGCAUUUCGCGUCGUUCCACCCUGCGGCAUGCCAUGACAUGCUCAGAUGGUGCCUGGCCUCCUGCUGCUGGAGGGACGACACUUGCUGCGGCUUCGCGGGCGUCGAGCGCGGACUGCCCCAGCACAGCGACGAGAGGACGGAGUCCCUGCUCUACUGGCGUCCGCCGCCCCGUUUUGUCAGGCUGCAGGAUGAGCCAGCGAACGACUUGCCUGGGCUCCGCGAUGCUGUUGCUGCCUCACCUUGCCCUCCUCGCAAGCCCGUGCUCUCUCCGACUCGGACUGGCGGCGGCAGUCGACCAACGUCGCCUCUCGCAGCGCGAGCUGCUUCUGAGGCGCCCAUGUCCCCGUUGAAGGUGCACCUAUCAAAUGACACCUUCAAGGGAGUCAAGUGCGGUGAUGCAACCGAUGUCAAGGGCAUCCUGCGGCUGCUGUCAUCGCAGCUGUCGGAACGGCCACUGCCCCUGGAGUGCCUGUUGGCAUUGCGCCUCUUCCACCCUGCAUCGGGGGAGGUGCGGUGGCUCCACCAGGACACCACCAUGUUCCAGGUGGUCGAGAAGUACCUCCCGCAGCAAAACACCAACGAUUGGAGGUUUGAGCUAAGGGUACGCUACCUGCUCAGUAACUUGAAAGAAUUCCAUGACAAGGACCCUGUGCUCUUUGCAUACUUCUACAGACAGGUCAAAAACGACUAUCUGCGAAAGUGUAUCAAUGUGGAUCAAGACCUGGCAAUUCAUCUAGGUUGCUUAGAAAUUAGGAGAUUUUGCAAGGACAUGACCCAUGGGGCGCUCGACAAGAAGUCCAACUAUGAGCUGAUCGAGAAGGAGAUUGGGCUGCACAAGUUCCUUCCAGCCCAAGUCAUUUCAGCCAACAAGCCGAAGAACCUGCGCAAGCUGAUCCAGGCACAGUUCAAAAAGUGCUCGCAGCUGAGCGAGACCCAGUGCAUGAUGCGAUUCCUCGAGUUGGUGCGUCAGGUGCUCCCUUACGACCGGGAGAACUUCUCUUGUGCCCUGGGGACUGGUUGGAGUGUACCUGUGGAGUUGGUUGUGAACCAGGAACUUGGCAUUGGCUACCUUACAGACCGAAAUGGACAGCUGAAUCACAUAGCGAACUUCCAGCAGGUCCAGAGUAUUCAGACCAUAGUCAGCGAUGUCAACCCAAAGCCGGUGCUUCAGCUGAAGAUUGCGGGGGCCUCUGAGGUGCUAAGCAUCUCCUGCCCAUCACUGGCGGUUGCGGAGAGCAUUGCUGACUUGGUGGAUGGCUACUGCCGGCUGAUCCAAGGGACACAGGCUUCCUUCUGGAGCCGUAAAGAUGCACAUCCCCCUAAAUACAGGUCAGGCGUUAAGCACAAGAAUCAUUCCAACCCCUCCGGUUCGAAGAAGCAGGGUGCUUCAGAGGACUAUGCUGAAAUUGUUGACGAAGAAGGCGACUACUCAACACCUGCUACCAAAGACUAUGAACUUUGUCGUUCCCACAUCACGCUCGGUGACAUCAUUGGUGAAGGCCAGUUCGGAGACGUUCACAAGGGGACGUACACUUCGAAGGCCGACAACCAGGUAGUCCCUGUGGCCAUCAAGACCUGCAAGGUGGAGACGGAGGAUUCCAUGGGCGAAAAGUUUCUCGAAGAAGCCUAUAUCAUGCAGCAGUUUGAUCACCCCCACAUUAUCAGGCUCAUUGGCAUCUGCUCGGGCUCACCCAUCUGGAUCGUCAUGGAGUUGGCCAAACACGGAGAGAUGCGGGCCUACCUGCAGAACAAUAAGCAUCGGCUAGACUUGGCCACUCUUAUUCAGUAUGCCUACCAGCUGAGCACAGCGCUGUCUUAUCUGGAAAGCAAGAAAUAUGUUCACAGGGACAUAGCAGCGCGAAACGUGCUGGUGUCAUCACACGACUGUGUCAAGCUGGGGGACUUUGGCCUGUCCCGCUGGGUGGAGGAUCAUUCCUACUACAAGGCUUCUCGCGGGAAGCUGCCGAUCAAGUGGAUGGCACCGGAGUCCAUUAACUUCAGGCGCUUCACAGCCGCCAGCGACGUCUGGAUGUUUGGUGUGUGCAUGUGGGAGAUCCUGAUGUUGGGCGUCAAGCCCUUUCAGGGUGUCAAGAACAACGACGUGAUUGGCCGCAUCGAGGAUGGCGAGCGGCUGCCGCUUCCUCCCGACUGUCCUCCUCGCCUGUACAGCCUCAUGUCCCAGUGCUGGUCCUACGAACCCUCCAAGCGGCCCUGCUUUCGUGAUGUCAAGCAGGUGCUCAGUGAAAUUCUGGCCGAGGAACGGCAUCAGCUGGAGGACACCAUGAGGCGGGAGAACCGCCGGGUGCAGGCCAUGUCCUGGGGUUCUUCUGGAUCUGAUGAGCCACCACCCAAGCCUUCCCGGCACCCCGUCGACCGAGGGAGCCGCGCGCAGACGCCGACCCCGACCGUGGGCACCUACAUCGUGGCCCAGACGCCCGAGGUCCUGGCCCAGCUGCUUCAGGAGAACGAUGGCAGCCUGCCCCCGGCCUGGGCCUAUGUGGCGCCUGCUUCGCCAACCAACACAUUCACGGUACAGGACCUAGCUGGUGGUGGUGGUGGCGCCCCAAGCGCCCCAGGCAGUGCGCUGGGGAGCGGCGGCAGCAAUGCCGAUGGCAGCAGCACGACGGGGGGUAGCAUGGCAGGAAGCACAACGUCUUCAUCGGCAUCCCCUCGAGGGGGCGCUGCCGUGUCAGCGGGAGCAGCGGGUCAAAGGUCAAGCCUCGCCUCACAGGACCUCGUCCUUGAGCAGGAGAGUUACGACAACCUCGUGGACAACGACACCCUAGAACAGCGGCUCCUGGAGAUGAAAUUGCAGAUGCAGCAGCGGGAGACGGAGGAAGACUCGAGGUGGCUGAGUCAGGAGGCAACCCACUUCGACCCCCUUCCGACAACACCCAAUCGCCCUCGUGCAUCGUGCAGUGAUACUUCCGAUGCAGGGAGCAUAGGCAUUGCGAAUGGUACCAGCCCAUCUUCCCCGGUUGUAACGAGCCCAGGACCACUCAACCAAGAGGAAGUUUCCAUGGGAUCACUAGAAUACUCCAUGGUAGAUAAGAAACCUAAAAGCCCCAUUGUCCAGCAGUCGCAGCCAUAUCCGCCUCCCAAGCCAGAGAUGAUGCCGGCAGCGCAGCCUCCAACGCUGGAGACUGACCGGACCAACGACCACGUGUACGAAUGCACCACCCGCGUGGUCCGCUCGGUCAUGCAGCUUUCCCAGGGAGUCACUGAGGCCAGGGCGGAAGAGUACCUAGACUUGGUCAAGAAUGUUGGCUUGGAGUUGCGAAGCCUUUUGGCCAGUGUGGAUGAUCUCAUGACUUUCUUUCCCCUAUGGUCCAAAAAGGAGGUGGAGAUGGCUCAUCGCGUCCUGAGCAAGGACAUGGCCAACCUGGUGCAAGCCAUGAAGCUGGCCAUCAAAUACUCAAAGACAACGCUCGAUGCCGAGUACCGCCGCGGCAUGCUGAGCUCUGCCCAUGCUCUCGCCAUCGACGCCAAGAACCUGCUGGACGUCGUCGACUCGGUCAGACUCCGCAUCCAGAUGUCGCCGACGCAGGUGGCGCCCACGGCACCUCCCACGUUGGCCUCACCCGUCGCUGCACGAAAUGGCCAGGCGGCGGUUGAGGACGAAGAGGCGACGUCCGCAAGCUGUGUACAACGAGAAAUUCAGCAGGACUGUGAACCAAACUACGAUAUUGCUUAACAGAUUGUAUCUUAUAUUGUGUGUGCAGCUAUUGCAUGUUUGAUGAGAAAGGAAAGGAAACUCGGACCGAACCACUUGCAAAGGGGCGUACAAAUUUUAAGGCACUCUGUCGCGUUUGUAGUGCAUUUCGCAGUUUGAGCUGCUCUUUGACUUUCUUGCAGCGAAUAGGUGUGUGGCUGCAAUUUUCGCUACAUAUGAAAGACCCUUGAAGGCAUCUUCAGGUAUAUAGUUGCAUGUAGCAGCUGGAAUUUGUGAGCUGCCUCCAUGUGAUGUGGUGUUGCGUGUAGCUCGAUAGAAGAAUGAAAUUCGUUGCGGUGUUGCCGAGAAGCUCAUGUCUUCUGGUAUAAAAUGCGAACUGCACGUUUCAGGCACGGCUCGUUGCAGCAGGGAUAGGAAUGCAUUUUCUCAAUUGCAGUGCUCCUGUCAUGUGUGGUGCUCUUAAUGUAAAGCUGACUCGGCGCAUCCGGUGUAUGUAACGUUUGAGAAAAUUGUCUCAAAUUGUGCUGCUGUUUGUGGGGACCAUGUCUGUAUGUCGAUGGGAAGAGAUUGGGGAACAUAAUUUUUAGCAUCUGUAUACCUGCAGCUUUACUUUUGUCACAGUCGGCUGACUUUCUUUUUAUUCUGUAGGACUGAAAAAAAAAAAACAAGUUUCUUUUUUUAAACGAUUGAGAUCCUGUUUUUACUAGGCAGAAGUUUCCACUGUUGAGUUCUUACCACUUGGCCAUUUGCUUAGUUAUCAAAGCUUUUGAACGAGAGAGUUCACUGCGUGUCUUGUCAAGUCUACAAACAAAACAAAGGCUGACUUUUGCCCAGCAGUGAGCACCCUCUAAAUGACUUGCCUGACUGAUUUGCUUGUAAUUAAUUUGAUUGCCCUCAAAAGACCUGCCCUGUCAUUUUUUUUAAGACUUAUCAACAUGUCUUAUCAACAGUCUUGACAGAUGAACUGCACAGGUGUUCAAUUAACCAGAGACUCCAAGCACAUGUGUAGCAGCAGCCAUAAAAGCUUGCUGCAGAGCUGUUGCCACUUGUGAGUACACGUAUUACCUUGAACGUUCAGUGCCUGAGUAGGAAGUGACAAAUAUUGAUGAUGAAACAGUUUCUAGUUGGGAGGAGGCGGGAGCUGUGAAAGUCGCACACACAAAUGCUAAAAGACAGUGGACUAGAGUUAAUACUGGGCAGCUAAGCAAAGGCAACCAUCGCAGUGACGCUGUCACGUCUUCUUGUGAACUUAGUUAACAGUCUACCCUGGGUAGCUGGUAGAAGAGCACAUGAUGGUAGCUAUGUGCUCUUUUCAAGAAUUGCUUUUUCUAUGCAGCUUAGCAUGUGCUCUUGCUGUACAAGACCCAUUUUUUACCCCGUUGUCUCCUCUUCGUCUCGGUCAUUAUCUAGGUUGAGCAGCUAACGAAAAAGAAAAACCAUCUGUUUGCGUGACCUCUCCGGGGUUUUCUAAAUGAUUUACAUUUAUAAGGUUUUCUUGUGUUUUGUGGGCAGCAGCGCAUACUAGAUGGACAGCAGGUGUUAGUCUGCUUCGUCUAUGCUCUGCCUUGGCAGUUGUUGUUCCUUAAAGGAGUACUGACACAUAUUUUCAAUGUUGUAUAAAUUAUGUCAAAUGCUUCUUGCACGUAAAAGACUUUAUAGUGACUCAUUGGCAUUAUAGUGACGGCCAUCAAGCAAAGCAAAAUUUUCUGACGUUAUGUAGUGAUAAGACUAUGUCCAAUCUCCUUACUCAUAAAAAAAAAUAAUGUGCAGGAACUAUCAACGAUGAUUGUUAUUAUAAUUGAAUUGCCAAACACUUCAAGAAAACUGCUUGCUUUAUUAAAAGAAUGGUGCAAUUGAGUGCACAUAUUUGUUCCAGUGAGGAUAUUCAGGCUAGGUUUGUCGUUUUGUUGCGUUAUUUCGUAGAGAGCAGAGCCGUUAACCAGCACAUCUGUAGUGGUGGUAUAGGUGGACAGCAAGGGCGUCUCAAAGAGCUAUAACAGUUGGCAUUUGGCAACAAACGCACCACACAACUUGACUGCGCGCGUACACACUACACGUCUGUGCGAAGUCCUACCUUUGACCACCAACCUUGGGACACCAACCAGCCAACCACAGAAACGGGCAAAAGGGACAAAGAAAGCUAUUCGCCCUAAAAUGAGCAGUAAUGCUUCAUGCAUUUCAUCUGACUGCACUUGCUUGUGGCAGCUGCAGUGGUUGCAGGAAUGGAUCAAGCCAGCGCAUCAUGUCAUCAUGACGCAUCCACUUUCGCAUCCACGAAGCCAAAACUGGUUCAUAAGAACAAGUAUUGUAGUAAAUUAUAUUUGGAGGCUGUGGUGGUCGCCACUAUUUUCUUUUUUUCAGGUUUAGAACCUUCAUUCGCCACAAAAAUUUCACAAGUUGAAAAUUUCAUGUCAGUACUUCUUUAGAACCUGGCACAGGUCUAUUGCUUUGCAGCAAUGGCUGCAUAGCAUUUUUCACGGGCCACUUAAGGAAGUUCAGGCUGACUAAAGUGGCCUGUGAUCUGCGAUCAACAUGGGAGCUAAUCGUGCAUUCUGCAGUGUCGCCUGUAGCAGUUGCUUUAGAGGGUCCUGUUUCUGGAAAACGGACACAUUUGCCAUAAAAGGCAGCAGUAGACAAAGUUUACAUGCAAAGCUCACUCUUGUCAAAAGUUAUCGGUGCACUUUCAGUCUUGAACCCUUUAAACUCCCAAGCCCAAGCUGUACUUGUCCUGCCAGUCUGCACCGAUGUUGUCAAGGACGAAUCCAGUUUGUUGCAGGUGCACUGUGCUUUGCUCUGCGGCAACCACUCAAGCACAUCAUCUCGUUCCGCCAAUAAUUGAUGGCUUUGGGCUGUCAUGAGUGUAGAGAAAGUUAUUGCAGAUGUCUGUGUAAUUGAGAAAAUUUAUCUGUUAAUGUCUUACAUUUUUAAUGUCUCAAUUGAACACAAUGGAUAAACCAUACAGCUGGCGCUUUUUUUUUUUAAUGAAGAUGUUAGGCCUACAUGCAGAAAAUUGACAAAGUAAAUAAAUUUAUGAGAUUUUAUGCAUUUUUUCAGUAAAGAACUUGGGAGUUUAAAGGUCAGGUUGAGGCCCCAGAGUUGUCGCCAAGCAUUUCUCUGUCAAUACUUAGACAUGAAGGAACGGAUCCUUGCCCUGUAAAUGCGAAAGCAUUUAAACAUGUCUGCAUUGUAGUUGGCUAAGCUAACUGCAGCCUGUGCGUCAUUUAGCUACCUUCCCAUUAUCGAAGUGUGCAGCGCUUUAUAAAUAUAUUUAGCACUCAAAGCCACAAGGUGGCCUAGGUGUCGACACUUUUUAGAAUGCUUGCGAGAGACACGCAUUGUGAUGGUGACCGACUUCUGCGGGUGACCGGGUUGUACAUUUUUCAACUACUACAGCUGCAGCUACUUACGUCACAUGUGCAGAAUUUUAUUUCGAGCCCUUUUAUUUUGCAGCAGCAGCAGCAGCACACAUGUACUGCAUUCGAACUUGUCACCAUUUUCACUGCCCUUCCCACAGUAACAAAACGGGUUGCACCUAUCUGUUCUUGCUUUUCUUUUUACGUUGAGGCGAUGCAUCAUUUACAAUGCUAUGCGCCUUUACAUGGGAAAGUGACUUGCAAACAAUGGUUUCUCAGUGAGUAAGUGUGGCAGAAUGAAGGCAAAAUGCACGCGAGGGACUUAUUUAACAUAGCUAUAUGGCAAUUUUUUUUAUCUUCUGCUCGGCGAAGUUCUGCUUUAUUCAUUGUCAUAAGGCAGUGACAUAUACAGAUGUUGUACCUCUGGUAUCUAUUUAUCUCCCAAGCACUGUUGUCCUGCAUUGUAGCAGGAAGAGAUGGCCAACUGGUGAUAAUACGUCUUGGCACAGGAAAACGUUUCAACUAAUGCAGUGUACACUUACUUCUAACUCUGGCUUGCAAAAAUGGCAGCAAACUAGUCACUGUUUGAAACUUACUACGUUGUAAAUCGAAACCUCAACAUUUCUUUUCAACAGUAAAAUUUUGCAUUUUUUUUUGUAAUCUGAGCUGUAUACAUAAUAACAGCAAUGGACUUGCUAUAUGGCCUUCCUCAUGACACUCUUUUUUUUUUCUUCAAUAUAUCGGCAUGCAUGUGUGUGUAUGUCAUGUUUACAUGUUAAUAGAACUUAUUAAAUUCAAUUCGAAGUCAC